AGUUUCUGCCACUCUACCACCACAGAGGCCUUGGAUACCAUUGACCCGACCGAACAGAACUCGUCCUACUUGUAUAUUCACAGUGAUGUGUUACAACGUGCUAUGUGACAAGUACGCGACGCGACAAAUGUACGGCUACUGCCCCAGCUGGGCGCUCGAGUGGGACUACAGGAAGAAGGGCAUCCUUGACGAGAUUAGACAUUAUUCGGCCGACAUCAUCAGCUUACAGGAAGUAGAAACAGACCAAUUCUACAACUUCUUCCUGCCCGAGCUGAAGCAGGACGGUUACGAUGGUAUAUUCUCGCCCAAGUCCCGCGCCAAGACCAUGGGCGAAUCAGAAAGAAAGUAUGUCGACGGGUGCGCUAUUUUCUUCAGAUCUGCAAAGUUCGCUUUAGUAAAGGAGCACCUUAUAGAGUUCAACCAACUGGCAAUGGCUAACAGUGAGGGAUCAGAUAAUAUGUUAAACCGUGUCAUGCCGAAGGACAAUAUAGGGUUGGCAGCACUUAUUAAAACGAAAGAGGCAGCAUGGGAAAAUGGAUUACCAACAGAUUCUUCAAUGCUCGGUCAACCGAUCCUAGUGUGCACCGCGCAUAUACACUGGGACCCGGAGUUUUGCGACGUGAAGUUAAUUCAAACGAUGAUGUUGAGCAAUGAACUGCGGACGAUACUCGACGAGUCGGCGCGGUCAUUGCGUCUGGCAGGCCAGAGAGACAACGUGCAGCUACUGCUGUGUGGCGACUUCAAUUCGCUGCCAGACAGUGGUGUGGUAGAGUUCCUAUCAUCAGGUCGUGUAUCAUCCGAGCAUCGUGACUUCAAAGAGCUGGGUUACGCCGGCUCACUGCGUCGCAUGCCCGGCUCGGAACACGAGUUCACGCACAACUUCAAACUCGCGUCCGCGUAUAGCGAAGACAUCAUGCCCUAUACGAACUAUACGUUUGACUUCAAGGGUAUAAUCGACUACAUAUUCUAUAGCAAGCAAUCAAUGACACCGCUUGGUCUCCUGGGACCGUUGUCGCAGGAUUGGUUCCGGGAGCACAAGGUAGUCGGGUGUCCGCAUCCUCACAUACCUUCAGACCACUUCCCGUUGCUGGUGGAGCUGGAGAUGUGCCCGACGGCGGGCGCGAGCUCCAACGGCCUGAUCGGGCGCAGGUAG